CUAAGGAGGUGGAGAUGCACUGCCUUCACAUUGUUGUUUGUUGUAUUCCUGCUUCUACUCGGAUUUAGAAUAAUAGACGAACCGGUAUUCGAAUGGAAACCCCUGAAAAUGACCGACAACACUGAGCAGAGACAUUCACCAAUCAUAUUCGUUGGUGGUGUAUCCAGGUCUGGAACAACAUUGAUGCGCGUCCUAUUAGAUGUGCAUCCAUGGAUCCGUUGUGGACCGGAAGGCAUGGUUAUAAAGCCCGUACUGGAUUUUCGGCACAGCAUGCCUCGGUUUCAUAUGAACUGGUCGCGACAAGCUGGGAUCUAUCCAACUCUACUUGAUUCAGCGAUUUCCAAAUACAUUCGAUAUAUUGUUGAGGAAAUGGGACCACCGGCGAAUAUCUUGUGUUACAAGCGACCGGAGGUGCUUCUCUACACUGAGUACCUGGCAACAUUAUUCCCCGACUCCAAAUUCAUAAUCAUGUUGAGAGAUGGACGAGCAGUUGCAGUUUCUAAUAAAAGGUUUAAGCGAAACACAACGGAAAAAAUGCACAAUGUUUUGAACAGAUGGAUGUUGGAAAACAUCAAUCUUACUAGAGCAUGUCAAAAUGUGGGCCCCAAACGAUGCCUUAUUGUUCGCUACGAAUUACUUAUACUCAAUCCGGAACGUGAACUAAAAUUGGUGACAAGAUUUCUAGAUAUUCCAUGGGAUCCCGUGAUGCUUCACCAUGAGGAGCUCCUCAGAAAUCGGCCGUCGAUAAAUCCGUACGAACCAAGUACGUCCCAGGUGAAGGAAAAGAUCAACAACGAAGCACUAGCUAGAUGGUUCACAGACACAGACAAUGACACCAAAAUUUUCGUAAAGGAAGCACCACAGAAGUGUUUUUUACUAAAGGCUUUUGGCUACUUGAAUAUUGGGGUGCCACCGGAUUACUCGAAGCUUCCAAGAGACCUACCGGAUGUUUCACGCUUUAAACCGCCAAAAGAAUCCAAAGUUUCCAAGCGCUUAGACAAGCGACCU